AUGGCUCGUUUUACCAAGAAUUCAGAUCGCGAGUACGACGUUGUUCUUCUCGGAGCAACAGGAUUUACAGGUCGCUUCGCUGCGAUGCACCUCGCGGAAAAUGAUCGUGAUCUGAAGUGGGCCAUCGCAGGUCGUUCUGGGGCGAAAUUGACUAAGUUGGCCGAAGAACUGAGACUGAAGACUUCUCAGAACCCAGACGUCAUUCCCGUCGAAUUCACGACCCAAUCGCUUGACGCUCUGGCUAGGCAGACCCGAUGUUUGGUUGCGACGGUGGGCCCUUUUCCCCAGCAUGGUGUCUGGGUGUUCAAAAGCUGUGCGGAGAACGGGACUCAUUAUGUUGAUAUUAACGGCGAGACUCCUUCCGUACUGGAAAUGAUCAAAGCCUAUGAAGACACUGCCAAGUCAACGGGGGCCAUGAUGAUACCUUCAUGUGGAGUCGGCAGUCUGCCUGCCGACCUUCUCACGUGCCUCAUGGUUGAAAAGGUCAAGGAGACAUUCGACUGCCCAACAUCGGCUGGUCUAAUAUCAGUCCAUGACUCGAGAGUACAAGCAAGCGGUGGCACAUUGAAUGGCUUAGUAACUUCUGUCUCAUCAUACGGCUUAAGAAACAUUCUGAAAGCCGGAAAGCCUUGGGCAUUAUCGCCUAUCCGUUCUGCGAGACCCCAAGCUGAUGAGAGCAGAAACGUCAGCAAAGACAUUAUCGAGCGACUUAAACUUGCUGCAGCUCUUCAUCAAUGGUCAACGUCGAUGAUGAAGCUGAUCGAUGUGAGAACACUGAAAAUAGAAGAGGUCUUUGACGAAGAGAUCCCCAACUAUGUCAUCCUAUCUCAUACUUGGGAUGAGGAGGAAGUCAGCUUUCAAGACUUUCAAGACAUCGAUGUCGCCCAGAACAUGAAGGGGUUCGAGAAAAUCGAGGAAAUAUGUCGCCUAGCUCGAGCUCGUGGAGUUGACUAUGCUUGGGUAGACACCUGCUGCAUUGACAAAACGAGCAGCGCGGACCUUUCGGAAUCGAUCAAUUCCAUGUUCAGAUAUUACCAUGAUGCGCAAGCCUGCUACGCAUACUUGGCAGACAUGCCCCGCACACGAUCCUUGGAGAAGCACCUUCGUAACUGCCGAUGGUUUACCAGAGGCUGGACACUUCAGGAAUUGCUCGCUCCCGCUGAAGUGCGGUUUUAUGAUCAGGACUGGAAUCUGUUGGGUACGAAAGAAUCCUUGGUCGAGAUCAUCUCAGACAUCACGGGAAUUCUCUGCGACGUGCUGCUUGGCAAGACACCCCUGUGGGACAUCCCCGUAGCGACGCGGAUGGCUUGGGCGGCUACAAGAAGCACGAGACGAAAGGAGGAUGUGGCAUAUUCGUUAUUAGGAAUCUUCGACAUCAACAUGCCAAUGCUCUACGGAGAAGCCCUCAUUCAUUAUAGUUGA